AUGGGAAACACAUCUACAACACCAAGAUCUUCAAGAAGCGGUUCUUUGACACACCCCGAGAAAUUAUCAGUCACCUUUGAUACUUCAGACAUCUCAAUCUCAACCAAAAAGCACAAGACGAUGAAACUCUCAAACCCACCCCGAUUCUCCAACGAAGGAAAUUCUAUGACAACGUUGGCCAAAUCAAAGUCGGACACCUCACUUUUCUCAAAGACAAAGCUAUCUCUAAGACGAAGACAUUUCACAAAACCACAACUCGAAGCAGUACAAACAGAUAAUGACACACAAGUCUCUUUUACCGAAAAAGAUGAAAAUAAUUUGUAUAACAAUGUUUUAUACAAUUUCUUUGUAUCUAGGACAAUGGCUGAUGAUCUUAAAGUAGUAUUUGACUCAGAAGUUUCGGGAUUUGAUCCAAGAGAACUCAGAUCCAAUAUCAGCUGUAAAGACAGGCUCAUUUUCAUAUUCAGAGUCAAUGGGGAUAUCUUUGGAUUUUAUCAAGAUGGAUUUGUUCAACCAUCCAAAUCAAAUUCAAUGAAUGUUGAAACAGACAACUUCUUUUUGUUCUCUUUCAAAUUAACUGACUCUACUCCCUCUGUAUAUUCGAGAAAAACACAAAAGAAAAGUUCAUUUAUUCUGUAUCCAGACUCCAAUAGAAUGGUCAUUUCUGUAUUUUCUGCGUUUUGGAUGGACAAAGAGGGGAUGAUUUCUUUCAACCCCUGUGUCAAAGACUUCUACGAUAUCAAGAGUCCGUCUUUCAAUCCUUUUGUGGACUCCAACCCAAGAGACAGACAGCCUUUUGUUUGUUCGAGGUUUCUAGUUUUGAGAGCCUAA